ACACUCUCACACACACACACUCACACACACAGCAGCGCUGACUAACCGGACUCAACCCAGCGGCUGACCGGUGCUCUUUGCCCGUUCCUGGAGGUUUUCAGCAUAAAUGAGCUCUUAAAGCCCGGACUCUGGAGUGUGUCGGAUCUGUGAGAUCGAGGAUGAGCUGCGUCGCGAGCGUCAGGCGCGUUCUCCGCGCGUCCAAGCGCGUCAGGUCCACUAAAGGAGCGUCUAAAGCCCGGAGAGACCACAUCAACGCAGAGAUCCGGACCCUGCGGUCACUGCUGCCCAUCUCAGCUGAGGACCAGGAGCGUCUGUCCUACCUGCACUCCAUGUCCCUCAUCUGCACCUUCGUCCGGAAGAGCGUGCUCCUCUCAGGGGCUGGAGGCGGUCUGAAUCCGUCUGGUCUGGAUCCGUCUGGUCUGGGUCCGUCUGGUCUGGGUCCGUCUAGUCUGGGUCCGUCUGGUCUGGAUCCUUCUGGUCUUCUCCAGGACCGAGCUUCUCCUCUGUACCAGAGCUUUCUGGAAGCGCUGCCUGGAUUUAUUGUGGCUUUGACCAGAGACGGAAAGCUGGUCUACGUGUCUGAAAAUGUGCAGGAGUACCUCGGGCUGUCCAUGGUGGACGUUCUUCAAGGAGACUCGUUCUAUGAUAUGAUGGACGCUCGUGACGCAGAAGCGGUGAAGGAGAUCUUGAGAGAGCAGGACGUCUCAGCAGAGAGCAGCUUCGUGUGCCGCAUGCACAGCUCCAGAGCGCUCCGGCUCCAGAACACCGCCGGCUGCUCCAUGCUGGUGAGGGGGCGACUCCGGGCGGACGGCGCUCUGUUUGUGGCCCUCUGCUCGCCCACGGCCGACAGACUGAAGGACAGCGAGCUCCUGAGGGCCUCCGCCUGCUUCCAGACGCUCCACAGACCGGACAUGAGGCUCACGCACGCCCCCCGCAGCGUCUCGUUCCACCUGGGUUUCUCAGCAGAGGAGCUGAUCGGUCGAUCGUGGUACGAGCUCCUGCAUCCAGAGGAUCUGGCGCCCGCCGCUGACUGCCAUCGCAUCCUCAACGGCGGUGAAGCGAGCGCAGAGAUGCUGGUCCGUCUGCAGCGGAGGAACCGGUCCUGGAUCCGUCUCUACGUCUGCGCCUCCUCAGACCCGUCCAGAGACACCAUCGUCUGCACAAACCACGUCAUCAGCGAAGCGGAGGCGGUGUAUCUCAGAGAGAAACUGUACGGCGCUGACCGCUCGUCUCAGCCGGCUCGUGUCCAGAAAGACAGUGACCCACUCCGGAUGGACUCGGGGCCCGCCGCUGACCCGCCGCCGCUCUUCUUCUCCAGCCCGCCCUACAGCCCCACUUCCUCCCAAUGCUCCUCUGACUUCCUGUGCGAGGGCUUCGGAGCGCUCUGUCCUCCUCCGCCGCUCCCUGACCGGUCCUCUGACCCCUUCUCCCCGGAGCUCUGCCCGGCCGAGGCUCACCUGGUCCCCGUGUACGGCGUCUGCGAGGCUCUGGAGGACUUCGCUGUGUUUCUGACCCCGGAGCCCUCGCCCCCUGCGGAGGGACCCUUGCUGUACAGCGAGGAGGAGCGGGCAGAGAUUGGGACGCUGGCCCGACAGAUCCGGUCUCUGGCCAGCAGCCUCGACGCCUACAGCAGGACACGACCGGCCCUGGACCCCGGGGCCCUCUGCUGGCCGGAGCCGCCGCUGGACGAGGCUCUCAUCGACUGCAUCCUCUCAGACUGCGGCUGGGGCCGGGGCCGGGGCCCGAUGGAGCCGUAUCCCUGUAUGUACGCCGCUCCCUCGCUAUGACUCCAGACUCACGCUAGUGUCCGGCGGGAAGCAGUGCUCUUACAUCAUGUGCUCAAAGUGCUGUAUUUUCAUCCAGUGAUUCUUAAGAAAAAUGCAAGUUCAUGUAAGUGUGCUAUUUCGGGACACCAUGAAUAUGAACUAAAAAGCACUUUUAACACACUCUUUGUGUUUACUAUGUAUUUAGUCAGCACUUGUAGUACACUUGAACCAUCUUUCUUACACUAGUACAAGUGUCUAAAUACAUAAAACACAUAAAAAGUGCAUUUUAGUUCAUGUUCAUGUUCAUGUUGUCUCAAAACAGCACAGUUGAGAACACUUACAUUAAUACUAAAUAUUUGUAUAUUAAGUACAAAAUGAAUACACGGAAAUACAGCACUAUACUAUGUAUAUUAUGGAAGUGCACUUUAUUUCAUUUAGGACUAGUUGGUUGCAGUAACUAGUAGUGUAACUAAUUACUGUUCCUAGAAGGUAAUUAGUAAAGUAAUGAUAUUACUUGUGAAAGGAGUAACUAGUAAAGAGUAAUACUAGUAACCCAGUACGGCAUAUUGCUGAUGAAUGUGAAGGACGUGUCUGAAUCUAUUUCCUGCCAGGCGUUCAGUAACCCACUCUUUAAAGAGAGCUGAAGACGAGCUGAAGACGAGCUGAAGACGAGCUGAAGCUACCUCAACUCAGAGAUCUCGCUGUGCUUUUGCUCUAUAUUUAUUAUAUUUCUGGGGUUUAUGUCAGAUUUGUAGAUCAUUCCAGCAACAGAUGCUCUGUUUUUAUGUUUGAAUGAAAGUUUCUCUCGCGGCCUUAUGUUUGCGCUCUCUGUCCAAAACUGUUUAUUUAUAUAUUCUUGCUCUUUGUUUCUAUUUUUGUAUGUAAUGUUAAUAAAGUUGCUAUGAGGACUGAAGAACUGA